AUGGAGAUAACACUGAACAGUGGUUUCAAGAUGCCGAUCGUGGGAUUAGGAGUUUGGAGAAUGGAGAAGGAAGGGAUUCGAGACCUUAUCAUCAAUGCCAUCAAGAUCGGUUAUCGCCAUCUCGACUGUGCUGCUGAUUAUAGGAACGAAGCUGAAGUUGGUGAGGCUCUUACAGAAGCUUUCAAGACAGGUUUGGUCAAGAGGGAGGAUCUCUUCAUUACAACCAAGCUAUGGAAUUCAGACCAUGGCCAUGUUAUUGAGGCAUGCAAGGACAGUCUCAAGAAACUUCAACUUGAUUAUCUCGACCUUUUCCUCAUUCAUUUUCCUGUAGCCACUAAGCACACCGGAGUUGGAACAACCGAUAGUGCUUUGGGCGAAGAUGGCGUAUUGGACAUUGAUACGACUAUUUCUCUGGAAACUACAUGGCAUGACAUGGAAAAGCUUGUUUCUAUGGGUUUGGUCCGCAGCAUUGGAAUCAGUAACUAUGACGUCUUUCUAACGAGAGAUUGCUUGGCUUACUCCAAGAUCAAGCCUGCAGUGAAUCAGAUCGAGACACAUCCUUACUUCCAACGCGAYUCUCUUGUCAAAUUCUGCCAGAAGCACGGWAUYUGUGUCACCGCYCACACUCCUCUCGGAGGUGCCACAGCCAACGCCGAGUGGUUUGGUACCGUGUCAUGYCUGGAUGACCCAGUUCUCAAAGUUGUCCUGAGGUGGGGAAUCCAGAGGAACACAGUUGUGAUACCAAAGACAUCAAAGCCUGAGAGAUUGGAAGAGAAUUUUAAGGUUUUUGACUUGGAACUGACGAAAAAGGACAUGGAAGUGAUCAAAAGCAUGGACAGAAAGUACCGUACGCACCAAACAGCCAAGUUUUGGGGCAUUGAACUCUACGCCUGA